AUGACAUGGCGCAUUCCCCUGGCAAAGGAACGCUUUGCCACACUCAUCAGUGCCUAUGCACCAACUCUGAAUGCCGAGCAAAAUAUAAAGGAGGAUUUCUACAGAGCUCUGGACACCAUCCUGCAGCAAACACCGGCUACGGACAAGCUCAUAGUCAUGGGAGAUUUCAAUGCUAGGGACAUACGGGAUGUCCUCAUCACCCGUGUCAUGCGCGGAGCUGAGUGUUGGACUGACCAUCUCAUGGUCAGAUCCAAACUCCUCAUGAACAUUCAACCCCGUCAUCCAAGGACAGCUCCCAACAAAAGGCUCAACUGUGCAGCAUUGAACAACCCCACCACCAGAGCCAACCUCCGGCGACUCCUUGCUGAAAACCUUGACAAGAUCCCGGAGGAAACAGACAUCCUCAAAAGCACCAAUUCCAUCUGCAUGGAAGCGGCCGUGGCGAAGAAACAUCUUUGGUGGAUCGGACACACCAUUCGCAUGCCAGACAACCGCCUGCCCCGCCAGGUCUUCUAUGGCCAACUGAGAGGACAUACUGACUGUCUCAGUGAUCUUAACAGGUGUGACGUCACCGCAGGGGAGCGCCUUGAGAACGCGGAUAUCACCAAAAUUCUCUACAGGCUCCUUGAAAGCAACUCUGAUGGAGGUGUAAAGCAGGCAGGAUGGCAGAGGCUUCUCAUGAAUAGAAUUCCCCAGGGUUGGAAAAGUACUCAAUCUCUGUACUUACCAGAAGUGCAGAUUUAUGUCGCAGGAAACUUGAGUUGUGCUCCUGCUGAGCAAGAGGCCUCUUACUCUUCAUUGGCUGGGGAGGAUCCCUCGGAUGACGCCACCGCCUCUCUGAGAUCCAAAUGUGUUCAGCUCCUCGUCUCCUCACUCCGCCCUGAACCGCACGACAUGGACAAGGCCACGGUGCUGGCCACACAGGUUGAGCAGCACAUCCGCCGCAUCCACAAAUGCAAUCAAGUCAAAUACAAAGCCUGUGUGAGAAGUAAAGUAGCCAACUUGAAGAAUCCUAAAAACGGACAUCUGCACCUGGGCCUGAUGAGUGGGUCCCUGACGCCGGAGGCCUUCGCCCGCAUGUCAGUGGAAGAGAUGGCCUGCGCCGAGCUCCAGCAAAUGAGGGCAGAAUACUCGUCUCGUGGAGUCAGCGAGCGGCAGCUUCCUCUCAGGGUCGAGGGGACUGAGACGCGGCGACUCCACUGCGAGCGCUGUGGCAGUUCAGACUGCAGGGUGACACAGGUGAACCGCGGGGCACUCUUCCUGCCAGCGUGGGUGCGGCGUGGAAGCCCUGAUGACCAGGCAAUGACCUUUGUGACAUGCAGCAGCUGUGGGCAGCAGUGGUACCACAGCGGAUGGGUAUGCCUGUGAUUUUUGUUGUUGUUCCAGCUUCUUUUACAGAUAAACUGUUGUCAACACUUUGUCUGACCAAUCUCAUUUUAGUCAUGUCCACAUGGAAUAUCAAAUCUCAACGUGAUGGUUAUUCUUUGAACGUAGCACAAAUCUUGAGGAACUUUGUGGACAGUGCACCACCGUCUUUUCAUUUUAAAAAUAAAAUGUGGCUCUUGAGCACAAAACUUCAACACACCCCUUGAUUUGCGUUUUCAAUUACCCAAUCGUGUGCCGGGGGAAGUCCACAUCCCCAAAGAAAACCCGCACAAAGUCCCACACAACACAGCAUGAGUCAAACCUGGGAGCUCAGAACUGUGAGGCUGAUGUCCUAACCACGAGUGCGCCAUGCCGCCUGAUGUGCACAAAUAUUUCAAGAUGUUUUGAAAAAAAUAAAACGCUGGCGGCAUUACCAUAGCAUCACGUGUUAUCAGGCACAUGACCCUCCGAGGAAAUUGCCUAGCAUGUGAAUCUUUCAAAGUGAAACAGCCUGAGGUCCUGCCAAUGUGACAUGUUCAUGGAUUCUGUUGUCCUUGUGAGGCUCUUUCUUUCUUUCUUUUUUUUUUUUUAACUCUGUGGACUUUGAAAUCCAUCCAUCCAUUAUCAAAGCAGCUUAUCCGCACGAGGGUAGCGGGUCAGGGCGGGUCUAGACAGGCAUGUAUUAGCGGGCAGCCACAAAUGUAGAGGGGGCAUUGUGCUCCAGCACCUUUUAUCAUGGUUUUGUUUGUUGUUGUUGACUGAACAAAUAAAGAUUUUCAAGAAAACGAUUAA